CUCAUAAUAACCCAACCGGUGUUCAAAGUGAGAUCUAAACCAAUGGAUACGACGUCGAUUAAGGUUCCGUACAGGAAUCUGAAGAAGGAAGUGGAGGUAGAAAUGGUUGGAAUUAAUUGCUCUUCAUCGUCGCCUAAUGGUGCGAGAUCUACAACGACGAAACAUUACAGCCUGAUCACUCUGAUUCUAAGCUGCACCAUCGCCGCCGGCGUUCAAUUCGGGUGGGCCUUACAGCUCUCUCUGCUCACUCCGUACAUUCAGACGCUCGGCAUACAGCACGCUUUUUCUUCUUUCAUUUGGCUUUGCGGUCCGAUCACAGGUCUCGUGGUUCAACCUUGUGUUGGUAUUUGGAGUGAUAAAUGCACUUCAAGAUUCGGGAGAAGACGGCCGUUUAUUCUUGCUGGCUCUCUCAUGAUUUCGCUUGCUGUCGUAAUUAUCGGAUUUUCUGCAGACAUUGGAUACGUUUUAGGGGACUCGAAGGAGCAUUGCAGUACAUUUAAAGGGACUCGAACAAGAGCUGCGUUUGUUUUUGUUAUUGGCUUCUGGAUGUUAGAUCUUGCUAAUAAUACAGUGCAGGGACCAGCUCGUGCUCUUUUGGCUGAUUUUUCAGGUCCUGAUCAACGAAAUUCAGCCAAUGCUGUGUUUUGCUCGUGGAUGGCUGUUGGAAACAUUUUAGGAUUUUCUGCAGGUGCUAGCGGGAGUUGGAACAGGUGGUUUCCGUUCUUGACGACUAGAGCCUGCUGUGAAGCUUGUGGAAACCUGAAAGCAGCAUUUCUUGUUGCAAUAGUUUUCCUGACUCUAUGCACACUUGUGACUCUAUAUUUUGCGGAUGAAGUUCCACUACCUCUAGAUCAGCACCGCCAUUUUUUAGAUUCAGCUCCAUUGUUGGAUGAUCCUCAGCAUAUUGGCCUUGAACUUUCAAAUUCUAAGUCUGACAUGCCUGUUUUUAGCAAUACUAAUGGCAAUAGUAGCACUAUGGGCAUUGAACAAGAUGUGAAUUCAAAGCAUGCCAACUCCUUUGAGGAUCAAAACGUAAGUCUUGGUGAUGGCCCUGGAGCAGUAUUAGUUAAUUUGUUGACUAGUUUAAGGCAUUUACCACCAGGGAUGCAUUCAGUGCUAGUUGUGAUGGCUCUUACAUGGCUGUCUUGGUUCCCUUUCUUUCUGUUUGAUACGGAUUGGAUGGGGAGAGAAGUUUAUCAUGGAGAUCCAAAAGGGAAUUCUGGUGAAGUGAAGCUGUAUGAUCAAGGUGUUAGAGAAGGUGCAUUUGGUUUGCUAUUGAAUUCAGUGGUUCUUGGUAUUAGUUCCUUCUUAAUUGAACCAAUGUGUCAGAAAUUGGGACCAAGACUUGUAUGGGCAUUGAGCAAUUUUAUUGUAUUUGCCUCCAUGGCAGUCACGGCUAUCAUUAGUUUGAUAUCUGUUGGUGAAUACUCUGGAAGAAUUGAGCAUGUGAUUGGGGGCAAUGCUGCAAUAAGGAUAGCUUCUUUGAUUGUAUUUGCUCUUCUUGGCUUCCCUCUUGCUAUUACGUAUAGUGUACCAUUUUCUGUCACAGCAGAGUUGACUGCUGAUUCAGGCGGUGGCCAAGGAUUGGCCAUAGGGGUUCUAAAUCUUGCAAUUGUUGUUCCACAGAUGGUUAUAUCCCUAGGUGCGGGUCCGUGGGAUGCUUUGUUUGGUGGAGGCAAUAUACCUGCCUUUGUCCUGGCCUCCGUAUGCGCUCUUGCAGCUGGUGUUUUUGCAACUCUCAAACUGCCAGAUCUUUCAAAUAGUAACUUCAAGUCGGCAGGUUUUCAUUUUGGCUAACUACUCUGACCUGCCUUGAACCUAGGAACCUUCAUCUGCCUCCGGAGAUAUAAUUUUUGCAAUAUACGUACGGUAUAGUUUUCAUAUUUAAAGGAGCCUGAAAUACAUAUUCCAAUUCUUUCAUUAUUUCCCCCCACUGUAUUUUAGGUAGUGUAAAUUGUCAGAAAUGCCUAUACAUGCAUACCACAAAUGCAUCUUCAUCUUGUAAAAGUUAAAGGAAAAGUAAAUGUUGUUGUUAUCGGUUCAUACCUCUUUACGUUUUGAAAUGCAGUAUUAGGAAAAUUAUUAGACGCA